UAGAACACUCAGAUUAAACUUUCAAUUUAAGCUGUAACUAGCUUUUAAUCGUCACUAUUAUAUCGUUUUCUCAUUCAGCGCUAUUUUAUUGAGCACAAAGCAAACACGUUGGCUUAAAUUUAUUAAUUCAUUUCCUGUGUAUUUCUAUAGUUAAAAUCAAUAAUGUUUGUUGUGUUGCAUGUAUAAAUAUUUUAAAUCGUAAAUGAUACGUGGGCUUAUGAAAAUACGUUGUUAUUCAUUGGCAUACAAUGUAAUUGAUCCUCCAGUUAAACACAUAGGUGAUCCCAAUUUGUACAGAAAUAUAAUUUUGUCUAAUAAAUUGCGAAUUUGUGUCGUGUCAAACGUUCAAGACGAAAGUUUAUCUGCUUGUGCACUAUGUGUGCGUGCGGGUAGCUUUUUUGAACCGGAUCACAUACCCGGACUAUCUCAUUACGUUGAACAUCUAUUAUUUUUGGGAUCAGCAAAAUAUCCGAAACCCUACACCCUACUGAAUGAAUUGGAAAAAGCUGGUGGCUGUUGUAAUGCAACUACAGAUGCCGAGCACGUCACCUAUUUUAUGCAAACGCCAACGCAUCUAAUGAGUGAAUUUAUCGACCAAUUCGGUCACAUGUUCAUAGAUCCAUUAAUUACUCCUCAAGCGUUAAAAUUAGAAAGAAAGCGAGUGGACAAAGAGUUUGGGCAAGUUAUUUCAUCGGAUCAACUAAGAGCUGAACAAAUACUGGCAACGGCAGCUUCUGUAGGUCAUCCUGCUGGUAAAUUCACUUGGGGAAAUAGAAGUUCUAUCAAACUUGGACCUAUUCUGAAAUCUGCUGUACUCGAAUUUAUCAGCAAAUUUUACACCGCCAAUAGGAUGACGUUGGUCAUUCAUUCGCCGAAAAAAAUCGAAAAUAAUAUUAUUGAAAUAGCUAUCAAAGUAUUUUCUAAUAUAAAAUCGAAAUCUAAAGACAAUGACAUUUCCUUUGAUCGAGCAGCAUUUAACUCUAACAAAUUUCAAAAGUUGUUUACGGUUAAACCUGAAGCAAAGAAUCUAAAUGAAGUUCAGUUGAAUUGGCUUGUACCUUCAGUUUAUCCUCACUAUAAAAGCCGUCCACUAGAGUUUGUCGGCAGGUUAUUUAAUUCACAAUACUCGGACAAGUUAAACCGUGAUUUCAAAAACCGCGGGUGGUCAGUUGUGAGCACUUGGGCAGGGGUAGCUCAACAGCAAUUUCGUUCGAAUUCUUGGUACGCAAUUUUUACGAUACACUUAACGUUGUUGGAUAUAACAGCCGAUAACAAGUUGUCAGACAUUGUUCGUCGAGUAUUUGAUUACAUGGCGACAAUACGCGUGACAAAAGCACAAUCAUCUUGUGUUUACCGUCGCAUUAUGUCAGACGUAUUUCCGUAUCCCAUGCAUUUGGUACCUCCACUAAACGCUGCCAUUCGCAUUGCAAAACAUAUGCAAUACUACCAGCCUCGUGAUUAUCUCGAGCAUUUCGGGGAAUUUGUUCCUGAUUUUAAGUCAAUACAAAAUUAUAUGGAUGAACUAUUAGCAGACAAAGUUUCUAUCACAAUACAAUCGCACCGUUUUGCAAAACACUCCAAUUUAAACAUGAUAGAGCCUUGGUUUAAUACCGAGUAUAGAAUUGACGAAAUACCACAAUCGUGGUUGAGUCUAUGGCGGAAAGCCGCUUUUGACGAUUCAUUUUUAAAAAAAUAA